UGAAAACGGAAAACGUUUGUGUUCCUUUCUGGUCGGUUUGUGGCACGUUUUAGAAAAGUGUAUGUUUGUGUGAUUUGAAUUCUUUUCUUUUAGAUUUUUUUUUUUGACUAAAUUCUUUGUGGAUCUUUUUCGAAUAAAAAAUGGGUGUUGAUAUUAAUCAUAAACAUGAUCGUAAAGUUCGACGAUUAGCACCGAAAAGCAAAGAUCCAUACCUUUUGCUUCUUGUCAAACUUUAUAGAUUUUUGGCCCGACGUAGUGGAAGUAAAUUUGCUAAAAUUGUCUUACGACGUUUGUACAUGAGUAAAAUUAAUCGUCCACCACUUUCGCUUCGACGAUUGGUUCGACACAUGAGCGCUGAACAACGUCAAGGCAAAAUCGCUGUUGUCGUUGGUACAAUUACCGAUGAUGUCCGUUUGUUCGAAGUACCAAAAAUGACCAUUGCCUGCUUGCGUUGUACCAAACGUGCUCGUGCUCGCAUUCUUAAAGCUGGUGGUGAAAUAAUUACAUUCGAUCAAUUGGCUCAACGUGCUCCGACUGGCAAAAAUACUGUAUUAUUGCAAGGUCCACGAAAUGCACGUGAAGCUGUCAGACAUUUUGGUCCAGCUCCUGGCGUACCGGGUAGCCACACAAAACCAUAUGUUAGAUCCCGUGGCCGUAAAUUUGAGCGUGCUAGAGGUCGUCGAGCAUCAAGAGCAUACAAGAAAUAAUCGAGAUUCGUUUUAUGUGUGUAUUCAUGGAAUUUUUUUUAAUUGACAUCUAAUAAAAUUAACUUGCACACUAUGA